AUGGAUAAUCCUGUGGACGAGAAGACGGCGUCGGAAGGACGAUCUGCCAUGGAUGUGUCCUCCGAAGAGAAAGGAUCAGCGGAACAGUCUUCCCCGGAGACAAAAUCCAAGAAGCCGCUCUCUUUCCAUCUGGCCUUCCUGGGCCUUCUGUUCAUGGUGUUCAUCGUGUCGCUGGACACGACAACCCUGGCGGUGGCCAUUCCCAUCAUCGCCCGCGAUCUCGGAGGCACAACCUUACAGUCCUUCUGGGCCAGCACCUGCUUUAUGUUGGCCGUGUCCGUCGUGCAGCCCCUCUACUUGAGCGGCUCAGACGUACUCGGGCGCAAGAUCCCGCUGUACACCGCAUACUUUCUUUUCAUCGUCGGCUCGCUCGUCUUCGCCCUGGCCCCGAACAUGGCCACUGUUAUUGUCGGCCGCACUAUUCAAGGGCUCGGGGGCAGCGGCCUUGACGUGCUAAACGAGGUUAUCACCGCUGACAUGACCACUAUGAAAGAGCGCCCCAAGUAUCUCGGUCUCCUGGCUAUCCCCAUGGCUGGCGGCGCCCUGCUCGGUCCCAUUAUCGGCUCGCUCUUCACUCAGUACGUUACCUGGCGCUGGAUCGGCUGGAUCAACCUGCCUCUCAUCGGCGCGAGCUUCAUUCUUACCUUCUUCUUCCUGCGCCUGCGCCCCGUCGAGGGCACAUUCCUGCAGAAACUUGGUCUCCUGGACCUGCUCGGCAUGGCCCUGUUCGUUGCUGGAUGCGCCGCCUUCGUCCUCCCGCUCAGCUGGGCCGGGGCUCUCUACUCCUGGGGCUCCUGGCGGACUCUCCUCCCGCUGAUCCUCGGCUUAGUCGUCCUGGCCCUCUUCGUCGUCUACGAGCGUGUUCCCGCGCAGCCCGUCCUGCCCUACCGGCUCUUCAAAUCCGCCACCGCCAUCACCACCUUUCUCGGUGGCUUCCUCCACGGCCUGGUCACCUAUACCCUCAACACCUACCUCCCACUAUUCUACCAAGCCGCCUUCUACGAAACUCCCCUGCACGCCUCCGUUACUCUGCUCCCCAUGAAUGUCAUGUCCCUGUUCUUCAGCUGCGUCUCGCCAAUCUCCGUCAGUUACCUCCGCAAAUACCGCGUGAACAUCUGGACAGGCUGGGUGUUCCUCACGGUCGGGACUGGACUCCUUCACAUCAUUACCCCCGCCUCAUCCGUGCCCUUCCGUACGGGCCUCCCCAUCGUGGUCUCCCUGGGAAUCGGCGUUCUCUUUACUGUUCUCGUUCUCCCGGUGCAAGCCAGCGUUGCCAGCGUCGACGACACGGGGUUUGCCGCCGGCUUAUUGGUAUUUUUCCGAUUACUGGGCGGGUUAGUCGGUCUUGCGAUCGGGUCGACAGUGUUUAGCAGCGUUUUUGCAAAGUCGAUUAAGGCACUGGGAGCGCUGCCUAAUAGCCUGGCCGCGCUGGAGAAUAGUCAGGCCGCGGUGGGGUUUAUUCCUCAGUUGAGGGACCUGAGGGGACAGGUGGGGAAGGAGGUCUUGGACCAGGUGACAGGCGUGUAUAGUCAUUCAUUCCACGUUAUUUGGAUUGUGUUGAUUGUCUUUGCGGGGGUGGGAUUAGUGGCGUCAUGUUUUACCAAGGAGGUGAGUAUGGAGAAGGAGGAGCUGGGCAGGCAGCGGUAUGAGGAGUAA